GACGCGCCAGCCGCCUCCCGAUUCGGAGUGUCGUUGCCUUUCUGCUCCGGUUACUUGUAGGUUAAAUUGGUGGUUCUUUUUCCACGCAGACUUUCGACCACAUUUCCCGGGAAAGCGCCCUGCGAAGCUCAGAAUGGGCACCGUCCACGCCCGGAGCCUGGACCCUCUGCCCAUGCGAGGGCCGGAGCUCGGGGUCCAUCCUGACGACAUCGAGGCUCCUGAGAUCGAGCACGAGCAGAAGCAAGAAGUCCUCGAAAACAAGAAUGUUGUCGUUCAACAAGUUCACAUAGAUGGGCUCGGAAGAACGAAGGAUGACUUGUUGACGUAUGAAAUCAAAGAAGUGUUCCGGGCAAAGAACCUGAUAGAUGUGAUGAGAAAGUCCCAUGAAGCCCGACAGAAGCUGCUGCGCCUCGGUAUCUUUAGAAAAGUUGAAGUUGUUAUCGACACAUCGAGAGGUGACGGGGCUCUUCCUAACGGCCUCGAUGUGACGUUUGAAGUCACCGAGCUGAGGCGGAUGACCGGCAGUUACAACACCAUGGUCGGGAACAAUGAAGGAAGCAUGGUACUGGGCCUGAAGUUACCUAAUGUUUUGGGUCGAGCAGAGAAGAUGAACUUCCAGUUCUCCUACGGCACCAAAGAGACGUCCUACGGUCUGUCCUUCUUCAAACCCCAACCUGGGAACUUUGAACGCAACAUCACACUCAACAUGUACAAAGUAACGGGUCAGUUUCCCUGGAGUUCCCUGAGGGAGACGGAUCGAGGUAUCUCUGGAGAAAUGAGCGAACUUGCUGGUUACACCGGAGGAGACGCCAGUUUCCUGAAGGAGGACUUUGAGAUCCAGCUCAACAAAACACUCUUCUGGGACUCGGUCCUUUCUGCAUCAAUGUGGGGGGGUCUGCUGCUGCCCAUUGGGGACAAGCCAACAAGCAUAGCAGACAGGUUCUAUCUGGGCGGCCCCACCAGCAUCCGAGGGUUCAGUAUGUACAGUCUGGGCCCGCAGAGUGAAGGAGACUACCUGGGAGGAGAGGGCUACUGGGCGGGGGGGCUGCACCUCUACACCCCUCUGCCCUUCAGGCCGGGCAAGGGGGGCUUCGGGGAUCUCUUCAGGACGCACUUCUUCCUCAACGCCGGAAACCUCUGUAACCUCAACUAUGGUCAGGGGCCAAAAGCUCACCUGAAGAAACUGGCAGAAUGCAUCCGCUGGUCGUACGGAGUGGGCCUCGUGCUGCGUCUGGGGAACAUCGCCAGGCUGGAGCUGAACUACUGCAUUCCCAUGGGAGUCCAGAGCGGAGACAGGAUCUGUGACGGCGUCCAGUUCGGAGCAGGAAUCCGCUUCCUGUGAAUCCACACUUCUUUGGAUGUUUGUUUUGUAUCAGCAUUAUUUAAUGGCAGAAAUUGGAACGGGAAGUUGCUUGUACAGAAUGGUUGUUACGACUAAUUAGUUCAAUAAAAGUGUUUGCACCGAU